CGUGCUCUUUUCCUUGAGUCUGGUGUUUGAUAGUACUAUUAUCUGUUUACGUUGUUGAAUUGUCUAAACGGUGUCCGGCACUCACCCUCGAGAGGCAUAUAACAUGUUGCUGCUACACGAAAAGUAUAAGCCAGUUGUCCGGGUGCUGUUGAAGGCCGGUUGCUGCUGUCGGUGUGUACUUCGAUUUUGCUGUGUAGGACAGCAGGACCCUUACAAGCUUCCAUAUGAGGAGCUGGUGGCAGAACUCGAUCAGUUUGCAAGUAUAACUGUCAACAUUACAUCUGAUAAGCCAGCAGAAGAUGUUGGUCCACCUUGUAAGAAAGCUAAACUAGAAGAAACAAAACAGGGAGUAGAAGAGACCCAACAAAAUGGAGAAAUGCAGCCCCAUCUAGAAAAUGCAGAUUCAGGUUCUUUUAAACGUCAUCUCGGAACAUGUGUUGUAUGUCUGGGAAUUCUUCAGCAGUGCUGUCAGAAGGAAUUUGCAGAUCAGGUUUGUGAGAAAGUGAACUCUGCUGGGUAUGAGUUUGACAGCGUUGCAUUUUCUGUUUCUCUUCCACCUCAAUUCUCUGUAAGAGAGCAUGCUUUAUGGCUAUUCAUAAAACAGGAAGUGGGGCAGCAGCUGUUAAAAAAGGAAGAAAUAGUGCGACUGAAAGAUGUCUAUAAAUGGAUUAUUCACCCACUGCUGUCAGAAGAACUUGGUGUGCCCAUGGACAGCAAGAGUCUGUUUACAGUGAGUGUUGUCUUUGCCCAUCCAAAAACUGAUGGAGACUGCCAUUUCUUGGCUACAUUUUGCCCAGAUUGCUUUAGACCUGCAAAAAAUAAACAGUCUGUGUUCACUAGAUUGGCAGUUGUGAAAGCCUUGGAAAAGAUAAAAGAUGAAGAUUUUUGCAAGCAUUUUCCCUGUCCUCCCUCUUCAUCUGAAAUGGGAUGUGUUACUGAGGAAAUUCAGUGUGUCCAUGCUCCAGUUUAUAUUGCAGGGCGCUAUAACAAAUAUUCCAGAACUUUACCACAGACACCUUGGAUUAUUGAUGGAGAAAGGAAAAUGGAGUCCUCAGUUGAAGAACUAAUUUCUGAACAUCUAAUGCCAGCUUUUAAAGUUAGCCAUUUUAAUUUUUCUUCUUCAGGCAGGGAAGAUGUUGAUGUACGAACAUUAGGAAAGGGAAGACCUUUUGCUAUUGAGCUUGUGAGUCCUCAUAGAGCUUCAUUCACACAAGAGGAAAUCAAAGCACUUCAGCAGAAAAUUAAUCAGUCUGAUAAAAUCAAGGUGCGAGACUUACAGAUGGUGACAAGAGAAGCGGUGGCCCAUAUGAAAAAAGGAGAGGAAGAGAAAACCAAGAGUUACUCUGCCUUAAUAUGGACUGAGAGAGCAAUACAGGAGAAUGAUAUUCAGUUUUUGAAUGAACUUAAGGAGUUAAAGAUCUUUCAGAAAACUCCACUUCGAGUUCUUCAUCGAAGACCUUUGGCUGUAAGGACUCGACUUAUACAUACCAUGAGGACAGAGUAUAUUGACCAGCAUCAUUUUCGAUUUUACUUGAAGACACAAGCAGGAACCUAUAUUAAAGAAUUUGUCCAUGGAGAUUUUGGAAGAACAAAACCAAAUCUUGGCCUCCUGAUGAAAACUACUGCUGACAUUCUUGAACUGGAUGUUGAGUCUGUUGAUGUUGACUGGCCGCCUGCCCUGGACAAUUGAAGGCUUCAAUAAUAGAAUAACACCAGUGAUGAGUAAGGCUGAAGAUUCCAUGGGAUUAACUGAUCCAUUUGAAUAGAUGACUGAAAGUAUAAUGCCAAUGAAGAUUUGACAGAAUCUGUUGCUGUAGACCGGAAGGAAUUCUUAAACUCAAAUUUGUAUUGUAAAAUUUACUUUUUGUACCAGAUCAUAUUGAUCUGUUGGGGGUUUUUUUGUCAUCAUAUGUGGUCCAUAUAAGUACAAUGAAGGCAAACUGUUUUAUUUUUCUCGGUUAUUAAAUCAAAAUGCUUUUGUCUUCCUGUUUUAGCAACA